GUGUGCAUGGUGUCGGACUUCUUCUACCCCAACAUGGGCGGCGUGGAGAGCCACGUGUACCAGCUGUCGCAGUGCCUGGUGUCGCGGGGCCACAAGGUCGUGGUGGUGACGCACGCGUACGGCGCCCGCCGCGGCGUGCGCUACGUGACGCGCGGCCUCAAGGUCUACUACCUGCCGCUGCGCGUCAUGUACAACGAGUCGACGGCGACGACGCUCUUCCACAGCCUGCCGCUGCUGCGGUACAUCUUCGUGCGCGAGCGCGUGGCCGUGGUGCACGCGCACAGCUCCUUCUCGGCCAUGGCGCACGACGCGCUCUUCCACGCCAAGACCAUGGGGCUCCGCACCGUCUUCACGGACCACUCGCUGUUCGGCUUCGCCGACGUCAGCUCGGUGCUCACCAACAAGCUGCUGGCCGUGUCGCUCUGCGACACCAACCACAUCAUCUGCGUCUCCUACACGAGCAAGGAGAACACGGUGCUGCGCGCCGCGCUCGACCCGCGCAUCGUCUCCGUCAUCCCCAAUGCCGUCGACCCCACCGACUUCACGCCCGACCCCUCGAGAAGGGACGAGAGCACCGUGACCGUGGUGGUCGUCAGCAGGCUCGUUUACAGGAAAGGUAUAGAUUUGCUAGGUGGUAUAAUUCCUGAGCUCUGUCAGAAAUAUCCAGACUUGCAUUUCUUGGUGGGAGGAGAAGGACCAAAGCGAAUCGUUCUGGAAGAAGUCCGGGAGAGAUACCAGCUACAUGACAGGGUCCGUCUCCUGGGAGCCUUGGAACACCAGGAUGUUAGAAAUGUCCUAGUUCAGGGGCACAUUUUUCUCAACACUUCCCUCACGGAGGCCUUUUGCAUGGCAAUCGUGGAAGCAGCAAGCUGUGGCUUGCAGGUCGUGAGUACACGAGUUGGUGGGAUUCCUGAGGUGCUUCCAGAAGAUCUUAUAAUUUUAUGUGAACCCUCGGUGAAAUCUCUGUGUGAUGGAUUGGAAAAAGCUAUUGCCCAGCUCAGAUCAGGAACAUUGCCAUCUCCAGAAACUAUUCAUAAUAAAGUAAAGACAUUUUAUACAUGGAGGAAUGUGGCAGAGAGAACUGAGAAAGUGUAUGAGAAGGUUGCAGAUGAAGUGGUUUUAUCAAUGAGCGAGCGAAUCAACAGACUAAUAUCUCACUGUGGCCCGGUGACUGGUUUUAUUUUUGCCUUUUUUGCUGUUUUGAACUUCCUUUUCUUGUUGUUUCUGAGGUGGAUGACCCCAGAUUCCUCUAUUGAUGUUGCAAUAGAUGCCACAGGUCCUAAAGGUGCAUGGACUAAACAGUGUUUUCCUGGUAAAAAAGAAAAAGUUAAAGAAGUCUUGAAUUCCUAAAAUGCUCCAGAAAGAGAGAGGGAGAAAAAAGCAUUGUUUGCUAAAUGUUUAAAGCUUGCUAAUGGAGACAUUAUUUCAGAAAUUCCUCAGUUUCUUUCUGAAGUUCUUGGAAAGAACUUAGUUAAAUGUGCUACCUCAAUUUAGGAUUAAGUUUAAUUUAGUUUUGAACUCAUGGAAAUUUACACACCUCUAUUGCAUCAAUAGGUGCACACUUCUAAGUGCAUCUGUUUUGCACUUAAAGCUGGGAGAGAACAUGGGUUUUCACAGCUUAGUGUCAAAAGUCACUGAUACAAAAGUGCUAGUCUUUUCUCCACAACUGGAAUAUUAUGUAAAGAGUGAACAUAAACUUUUGUGGUAUUUGGGAAAUCAAAACAAAACUUAUUAGCGUGACAGCCUUCUGCUUGCACAGCUUUAUURUUAUUUUAUUAUUUUACAGUUCUUYCGUUCUCUGACUGAAUUAGAUCAACCUGUUGCUAUGCCACAAAUUCAUUAUGGAUUUCUGGUAUUUUAAGAAGUAUUAAAUUUGUCCCAUUCACUUAUGCGUAUGAAAGUGAUGUAAACCAUAUGGCUCUAUUUCUUAAAUACAUAGGUGAAGGAACAAUGUUGUUUAGAGAUGAGCAUAGUAAUGAUACAGCCUUCAGAAUCAGCUUGGGCCUUGAAACCCCCUCCAGGAGGCUCUGCCAAGKUGUGGAGUGACACACACGUGAGUGAUGGUGGGGGGCGGUCUCUAAAGGGCUAGACAAGCACCAUCAUGUUCUUCCUUCCACUUGAGAUGUAAAUAUCACCUCAGCCUGUCCCUGUGAGGGACKUCAUUUGGUGUGUGUGAUCACAUCCAGACCUCAUCAAAGGCUCUGUCAGGCCAGUUCUGUAAGCUGAAUCUUGCUGGGGAAAGUAUCCCUUAAAUGGAAAUGGUAAAUAGGUACACUCGUACCUAACAAAUAGGGCUGCUUACAGUCUGCAAGAAGCCACAGUUAMGGUGCAGAUAUUCCUGUGGCAACAGCAGGAAUGUGUGAAUGGGUGAGAGGAGGCAAAGAGGACUUCCCCCACUUGGUAUCAAACGGCUCUCACUAAUCUCCUUGAUGCACUGAAUUAAUUUCUUACAAGCAUAACUGAAGCCUGGAAGUCUUUAUGAUUUUAUGACCUUGCACAUAGUGUAGUGUUGGACACUGUGUUAAUAUGAAACUGUGCAAUAUGAAGAUUGUUUCCAAGC